AUGAUUUCAAUUCGUCUAAUUGAUAUGCUCAAUAAAAACGUUACAAGACGCAUUAAACAAAAAGGACAACAACAAUUGAGGAUAUUUGGUUAUCAUAAAACUGUUCACGAAUUAAAACGUCAAUACCAAGAUUUCUUCAACCGACAUCAACUGCAAGUUUUCAAUAUACAAAUUAAUCCGGCACAAAUGGAUUAUCUACUUUACAUGCGUUCAAGAGAAGUCAAGCAAAUUGAAACAAAAUAUAAAGCUGAUGGUGUAAGUCUGCAGAUCAAAUCACAAAAAUUUGUAGCACCAGUGUAUUUAAAAGAUGAAAUCAGUAAACAAAUCAAUGAUUUAUUAUUGAACAUGAGGACAGCAAAAUUUCAAACAAUCGAAUUAUUUCAAGCAAUCGCCGAAAGAGAAGUUGAACGUUUGAAAAAUAUUGCACGUCGCAAUAAGUGUCAUAUCAAUAAAUAUGAAUUAGAGACGGAUAGCUCUAAAUUAUAUAUCGUACCGAAGGUGACAAGUUCAAAUGCUGACGAUAGAACCUCGUCCAAAGUUUUGCGUGAACAAUCCGAUUUAUUUUGUUCCUCAACUGGUGUGAUUAGAAAAUUCACACUAAACAAUGGAUCAAUUAGUGUUUCUAUUGGAGAUAUUACCAAGAAAAAGGUAGAUGUAAUUGUUGUAUCAUCGACAUCAAAUGGUCUACGCGAAAGAAUUAUUGAACAAGCAGGUCUAGAUGUUAACUCAUUGAAAUGCGAACCCAACCAACAGAAAUCGAGUGUAAGAUUUAUUGAAGCAACCUCAGGACAAGCGUCAUGCAAAACAAUUUUAUUCUCAAAUUGGACACCGCCGAUGAACAUAGACAAUGAUGGUUUCAGAAGAUCAGCACAAGUCUUUAUUUCAAAAUCAAUUCAAUAUGCUAUUAUCCAAUUGAAAGCUGAAUCAGUGGCUUUCGCUCUUCCUGAUUUAUACGAUAAGGAAGACAUUUUGGUUGAUGCUAUAUUUCAAGAAACAAGGCAUCAAAUUAAAAGAUCAUCAACUUGUAUUGUAUCAUUCGUAUUUUUAUCUGAUCAACAAACUUUAUUUGAAAUGUUUUCGAAAGAAAUGGAAAAACUGCAAGAUGUCUUACAGUUUUCGUUUCCAACAGCAACUAUGCAAAUUAAUCUAUUAAGUUCUAGUAGUAAAUCUUUGAAAAAAUGCAGAAACAAAAUUAAAAGUCAUCUCGACCGAUUGAUGAUUAAGUCAAAAUUAGAAUUCAAUGAUGAUAAUAGUGCUUUUAAAAAAUGGAAUCAACACAUGAUUAAUGCAUUUUAUUUGUAUUGUAAAGAACGAUGUGUUUUAGCAAUAACAUUAACGAAUAAUAGUCAAGUAAUAGAAUUAUGUGGACCAUCUCAUGGUAUUCAAGAAGUUAGAGAAAAAUAUAGAAUUUUAGAUACAUUACAAAAACAGAAGUUACAAAUACAAACAACCUUUCAAUCUAAUUCUGUCGUUCGUCGUCGCCCAUUGACAGCUAGCAGCGCAGUAACAACAAAUACCAAACGUUAUAAUAUCUUGCUGAGUUAUUGUUCGAAAGAUCAAGCUCGAUGUCAACGUUUGGCCAAUCGUCUUAUUGAUGAUGGUUUCUCUGUAUUGAUGGUGGACAGAUCAACGACAAGGAUUAAAAUCGACACAUAUGAUUGUAUUAUCGUAUGCCUUAGUCAAUAUUCACAAGAAAAUGAUGAAGCAAUCAAGAAUGUCAUUAAUGAAUCUGGUACAAAAAUCAUUUUAGCGAAAGUUCAGUACUUUAAUACAUCAGUUAGUGGUUGGUUACAUGAUUAUUUAAUUGGCAAAUUAUGUUAUUACUUAUAUGGAUCGGACAAUUAUUUCAACUUGGAAUAUGAUAAAAUAAUGCUAGAAGUGUUAAAAAUUACCAAACCUGGUCAUGUGUCGUUGUUGCAAUCAACCAUAAACCAUACAGACGAGUUACAGCAAAUAGAACAGCAACGAAGGCAUAUGUACGAUAAAAGACUUAAAAAGCUGACGAAAUUGGGAAAAAUACCCGAUGAUGAUAUGAAGAAUUCAAUUGAUAUAUUACAUGCUAUGAUCAAUGAAGAAGAAGCAAAAGGCAACGAGAGAACAAAUGAAGCGAUGAAAAACGACAAACGAAUAAGAAAAGAGUCUAUCAAUGAUAUACAGCAUCUUGUUGACAUCUCUCUUUUAUUAUAUCGACGUUGGUUGAAAAAAGCACCUAAUAUAAUCAAGCAAAACAUACCACCUUAUACGUUAACCGGUGAUAUUAAUGAUGCAAUAUUUCCAAUGCCUGAUGAUAUGCGCACAAAUCCAGAGCAAUUCAUAAAACGGUACUUUCUAAAAUAUUCACCUUUUAGUACAACAAGAUAUGGAUCGUAUAUGAUAGGUGAAAUGUCAAGGAUAGCAUCAAAUCCAUAUGGAAAAAUUCCAGAUAAACAAUUACAACUUGUUCAUCGCACAUUUGGAAUAUCGUCAACUCAAAUGUCUCAACAAAAUGAACAACUAAUUUCUAAACGUAGUUGCGUUUUCUCUGCUAACAUAAAACUAGUGAAUGUAUGGGCAAAUGUUGGAUUUAUUGGUUCAAAAACGAAGUCUGAAAAUGAAAUGAAAAGGCGUCAGCAGUUAGAUGAAAAUGACUCUGUUAUGCAGGAAUUUAGAGAUAUGAAAACAAAAGAAUAUAUGAACAAAUAUCCAACAAAACGGAAGCAAAUUUCGGAAUUUUUCAAGAAAUUUAUGAAACAAAAAGCUAAAAAUACAAUGGAAUUUCAUAAGUUAUGCGAAACAUACUUCAUUUAA